AUGCAACACGUCGCGAUGUCAUUCUCAGUCGUGGAUAUGGUACAAGCGGGCGUAGCGGAUUAUGUAGACAGUGUACAAGAAACAGCCUUCGCGAACCGGCCACCGAUAGAAUCAAGAGACAUCGAGUGCACAGUCUCGCAAGAUCCACUCGACCCCGCGCACACGUCACUCAUCACUGUCACGACCCCGACCGGGACGGUCACGAUCAGCUCGGCAGCAUCGGCGCCACUGUUUGCGCACCCGCACCCGGUCACUGCGAAGGAUAAAGAGAAGCCCAUGACGACUCCUGGUCAGGUGUUGCAGAGCUCGGUCGAGGUUGCGAGCGAGGUCCAUGCGAGAGAGCGCGAAAGAGAGAGGGAUCGCGAGAGAGGAUCUGAGGCGAGUGGGAGCGGUAAAAUCCCUGUGCCGAUGGCGGUGGACGACCCAGAGCACUUCCCGCCCACGCUUCUGUUCGUCCAGAAGCUCCGGACGCGAACCGAUCCUGAGACGUAUGCCAA